AUGGCCAAAAUGAGUUCAAGCGUUUCCAAAAGUUCCGCGCCGGCAUGCCUUGCACAGUUUGACUCAGUCCACGCUCUAGAUGCUCCAGCCAAAUGGGCACGCUUGCCCUGGCUGAAGGGUCCCCCUGUGAAAGCUGGGGCAACUCUUGCCCGCUCCGAAAAAACUGCGGAAGUUGACCCAAAGACCUGUGCCGGCUCCGGCUGGCUUUGGCACGGCACAGACCCCCGCGCUCUGUAUGAGCAUCAUCCGCUUACCUGCGCCGUACGCACAACGCUGCCGUCGAGGCGCUUCCCAGCCGUGAGUGACUUUCUCGCCUUUCUCUCAUUUCAGGAUAAAUGCUUGAGGAAAAUCUCCAGCGGGCUUUACACGUUUCAGACAUACCUCGAGUACGUACAGGAAACUUUUACAAGCGAGAAGCAAAGCAUCAAAUCGCUGUGCUACAGUACGGAGCACCUGGCGCGCACCAUAAGACAGAUGGUGAUAAACCCCAACGAGGUGAUCAUCCCAGACUCGGCUACCCAGGAAUCCCUCCGCGCAAAGCUGAAGUCCGAUAAGACCUGGAUAGAGAAAAUCACCAUCCACCUCAUCCUCCGAGACUUUACUUCAUUUAUGGAGAAAACAGUGAGGGCCGUUCGCUAUUUGAAAAAUACCAGGAGUUUCAGUGUCUGAAUGUUUUAAUUCAGGCACAAUCCUCUGUUACAAAUCUGU